CUCCGUUCUCUCUUUCAAGGAACCGACGACUGCCCCGCUCUCCGGGAUACCGCAUGACACUGCAUCAUGAGUGACAGCAGAUGUGGCCGCCAGUUUUACAGCGUGCAAGUGGCGGACGCGGCCUUCGCCGUCCUGAAGCGCUACCAGCAGCUGAAGCCAGUCGGCUCCGGGGCGCAGGGCAUCGUUUGUGCUGCUUUUGAUACAGUUCUUGGGAUAAAUGUCGCAGUCAAGAAGCUAAGCCGUCCUUUUCAAAACCAAACCCAUGCCAAGAGAGCGUACCGCGAACUGGUCCUCCUGAAGUGCGUCAGCCAUAAAAACAUAAUUAGCUUAUUAAAUGUGUUUACACCACAGAAAACUCUAGAAGAGUUUCAAGAUGUGUACCUGGUGAUGGAGCUGAUGGACGCCAACCUCUGCCAGGUCAUCCACAUGGAGCUGGACCACGAGAGGAUGUCCUACCUCCUGUACCAGAUGCUGUGCGGGAUCAAGCACCUGCACUCGGCCGGCAUCAUCCACAGGGACCUGAAGCCCAGCAACAUCGUCGUGAAGUCGGACUGCACCCUGAAGAUCCUCGACUUCGGCCUGGCACGCACAGCAUGCACCAACUUCAUGAUGACCCCCUAUGUGGUCACACGGUAUUACCGGGCCCCCGAAGUCAUCCUGGGCAUGGGCUACAAAGAGAACGUGGACAUCUGGUCUGUCGGGUGCAUCAUGGCCGAAAUGGUUCUGCAUAAGGUCCUGUUCCCAGGAAGAGACUAUAUUGAUCAGUGGAAUAAAGUGAUUGAGCAACUCGGAACACCGUCAGCAGAGUUCAUGAAGAAACUUCAGCCGACUGUGAGGAAUUACGUCGAAAACAGACCAAAGUACCCUGGGAUAAAAUUUGAAGAACUCUUUCCAGAUUGGAUAUUCCCAUCAGAAUCUGAGCGAGACAAAAUAAAAACCAGUCAAGCCAGAGACCUGUUAUCAAAAAUGCUCGUGAUCGACCCCGACAGGCGGAUCUCGGUGGACGAAGCCCUGCGGCACCCCUACAUCACCGUGUGGUAUGACCCCGCCGAGGCCGAGGCCCCGCCGCCGCAGAUUUACGACGCGCAGCUGGAGGAGAGGGAGCAUGCCAUCGAGGAGUGGAAAGAGCUAAUUUACAAAGAAGUGCUGGACUGGGAAGAAAGGAGCAAGAACGGUGUGAGAGACCAGCCUUCAGAUGCAGCAGUAAGUAGCAACGCCACUCCUUCUCAGUCGUCAUCGAUCAACGACAUCUCAUCCAUGUCCACCGAGCAGACACUGGCCUCAGACACGGACAGCAGUCUGGAUGCCUCGACGGGGCCCCUGGAAGGGUGUCGCUGAGAGCUGAGGGCCAGCCGGCUGCCGGCAGAGGAGGAACUCUCGCUUCCAGGGGCCCGACCUGGCGGGAGCUGGUGGAGCCAGUUGGAAACUCCGUUCUGCAUGUAAGAAACGACGCCGCGCCAACCUGGCUCCCGUGGGACCGCCUGCUUCGUCCUGAAACAAAGCCAGUUACGUCCGAAGGAAAGGCACAGGCCACACUUGCAGAGAGUCUGUUCGAGGUCAUUUCAGGCGAGCAGUUAGAGUAGAAGGAGUCUUUUCCAUCGCACGGUAGCGGUAGUGACGACUCCUCGUCCCGUGACUGCUGGGACCCAUGUGCAUGUGACCACAGAUGUCGCUUGGACGCGCCCACCUCGCACUGUGGGAGCCAGUAUUUAAAUGCCAGCUGACCCUCCAGGCAGUGCUGCUUCUAGAAUUUUCUCCUAAUCCUCUUAAGUGACCCGGUGUCUGUCCAGAGCAAAGUGGAUUCCUGUGUACCGACUGGCUGCCGUCGUGUUAGCCUCACCCCCUCUGUGGUGUGAUUAUUCUAUCUUUUGUAUUUCAGAAUGAGUAUAAUUAAAUCUAUUUAAUAAAUAAGAAGCAUAGCUUUUCUUAAA